GUCAAUCGCACAUCAGCAACAGAAAAACUCACACGUUCGAAUUUUCUAAAUUUAAAUCCCAGUGAGUGAAAAUAUUCUCAGACCGAAAAACGUCACAGCAGUCUAUAGGAGAAGGUGACACUUUCACUGUAAUUUUCCAGUUUCCUUUUAGUGUGGAAUACUUAAAAGUGCUAAUUGAUCCAAAACAAUUAUUAAUUAAUUAUAGUGCGUGCGAACAAUCAGUUGUUUGUUUUUCGUCAUAUAGUAAGAUAUUGGGUAACUUUGUGUUAUAUGCAUCAGAGCAGUCAUGAACUAAAAAUGUCUAAUAAAGACAUUGUCCAAAUCAUUGCUGCCCUUUUACUACUAACCCCAGCCAUCGCAGUACCAAUUCCAGAAGUACAACAAGGAGUUUUCGUCCGGACAGUACCAUGGGGCUCUACAGUGGUACUGCAUUGUACCAGCAACGAUCCCUUGCACAAUUUCCAGUACUGGCACUUGGUCAAUAAAGGACUAGUAAUAGGACCAGCCAAUCAAUUCGAUAAAGGCAAAUUUAGCUAUGGAGUCUUAUCUGGGAAUUUAACUAUUAGAGGUGUCUCAAAACAAGAAGAAGGUCUUUACGAAUGCGUUUCAAGAGCUGUAAAGGGUGAAGAUAUGAAUAUAAGGGUUGUUCAAAUGGUCGUGCAAAGUGAUUUAGGAAAUAUUUACGAAGAUGAUUAUAAUAUUAACCUAAUUAGAAUACUCAUCGCGUUAAUUUCCAUUGUAUUGUUUUCGAUGGGCGGAUGGUUUGUUUAUAGAAUUUGGAAGGACAGAUAUAGAUAUCCUAGUUAUUUGCAAAACAACGAAGAAGACGAUGAUGACGACAGUACCGAAGAAUUAUUCAGUCAACCACAACCCAGUACCUCAAAAUCAUCAGUCAACAACAUAGUACCGGCCAAAUCGAAGCCUACAAUCAAAGAGCCUUCUUUUGAUGACGUAGACAUAAGUACUGAUUUUAAAAGUAUUCUGGAUACAGCAAAUGAUAAAUAAUUAAGCAAAUUAUCUUACACAUAAAGUAUUUUGGAUAAGUUCCUAUAAAUUUAGUUUAUAUAUAGAUCUGAUUGAUGAUGAUGGCCAUAUAUUUUAAUUUGUAGAAUAUUAUUUAUUAAAAUUUCAUUUAACGUU